AUGCUGCGGAAACAAGCGCUGAACAACCUCACCUUCACAGUGCCCAAGAAUCGAAAGCCCAAAUUCGAUCUCACCCUCCGCAUCAUCGAUCUGACCAACGUCCCUCUUGUCUGCGGCACAGCCAGCGUCAGAUGGCACCUAUCGUCCUCCAACGCCGCCGAACACCGAGGUCGAACGGACAAGGCUGAUAUUAUUGAACACAAGGCAACGUGGGAUUAUAUCAAAGAAAUACCCGUUCGUCUUACUAUCGACAAGACGCAGAUGUUGCAGGAGUGUGAUAUACAUUUUGAGGUCUUACAGGAAUUCCAUGAAGGGGGAAGAGGCGGCCGCGUCCAUCUGGGGAAUGUGAAACUCAACCUGGCCGAAUAUACACGACUCCCUGAUCACGAGACCGCCGAUCAAGACCUUCAAGAUGAGAGUGACGACGGUGGGAUUACGAGAAGAUACCUGCUCCAGGACAGCAAGGUCAACAGUACUUUGAAGAUUGGCAUUAAGAUGAAGCAGACGGAGGGCGAUACCAAUUUCAUUGCACCCCCACUCAAAUCGGCGAUGGUGAUAGGAGGCAUCGCGGGAGUUUUGUCCACUGAAGCAGGAGAAGGAGACGAUAUUCCGAGCAUCACGAGUAAAACCAGAGAACUAUCCGAGGCCCAGGACAUCUAUCGACGGACGUUGGCGGCCACAUGGGCCUGUCAAGCAGGAGAACUCCCUCCGGACAAGCUUAUCGAGGACUUGUUUGCAGGAGGCGAUGGAGGCCGGAUGCACGCACCACUCAAGCCAAAUCAUCACCAUUCUAGGCUCGGUCCCAGAGAAGAGGAGAGCUUGGGCAGUAGCUCCAGCGAUGAGACGAGACGGCCCGUUACGCCUCGACAGCUGCUCACUCCUCAAAUGGCCCAACACGGACACAGAAGGGCCGGCAGUAUGGAUUCACCAAAUACACAAUCGACCCAGACGAACACCAUCAGUGGACGAUCGAGCAUUGAGCAGCAAAUGCAUGCCAGUCAACAAGAACACCGUCGGCGAGACCGGAAUGAAUACGUUGAGCACACCGAAUUUGACUUGAGAGAAGAUCUGCGAAGUUGGCAAGUUCGGGUGAAGUAG